AUGCGUCGUAAAUACAACGAUGCUAUGAAUGAGGUACAUCAGGAUGAGUCUGUUGAAAGGGGAUCAAAGAAGAAAAAAGACACCAAGAGCUCAAGGGAUGAUGACAUACACCACAAGCAAGUGAUCAAGGGACUGGGGCAUCAGUUUGAGAUAACUCAUGCUCUUUGGCUACACGAGCCUACCAAGACUUUUCAAACAAUUAUUGGCGACGAGUAUGAUAAACUGGACCGUUUUGGUAGCACAGCUGCUAGAGUGCAAGUUCAGCUUCGUGAUAUUUUAGACGUAUUUCCUGCGACAUACCAUGGCGACCUUCCAAAUCGCUGGUUAGGCCGUUCACAGUCAAACACAGCUACUCGUCUUCAAUCUCGAGGUGCCAUCAUUUUUAAUUGCAUGGAGGAAGACUUGAGGGUAUCUCGCAAACAAUGUGCAAAGUUUAGUGAAGAUAUUGGGUGGGUGGAAAAUGCAAACGGUACCUCGACAUAUCAUCCAUGGAAUGUCAGUGUCCUUCAUCGAGACUACAAGGGACACUUCGACAUCCAAACAGUUUUUUUGAAUCCAAUUCUUCAAAAACCAACCGAGCAGACAACGAGCUGUAUCAUACAAGGGCCUGCAUCCAUAAUUGCAAUGAACGAAGGCAAAUCUUCUCGUGCUGCAAGAAUCAAUGAAACAAUGGAUCUAAAAUGGGGAUUAAACCAUACAAUGCCUGGCAUGAUCACAGCUUCUGCUGUCCUUGCUCAUUGGACCUUAUCUCCAGAUGAUUGCCUCAAGGAAAAGGGAAACAAAUCUGGCAUUUGUUGGCACAAUGACUUUGACAACUACCUGGAGUAUCUUUUAAGCGGCCUUCAAAAACAAAAAAAAAGUGUAUUCAAUAUAUUCCAAGAGUGGGAUCAAGUCUUUUUCCCCAAUACAAGCCAUGGACUCGCAGGCCAACUGAGCAACACAGACAGGGACCAAUUAAUGCAAGGUGUGAUGGCUGCAUUGAAUCAUGAUGAGGAUGGAAAUGAACAGCCCAAAGGCCAAAACGGCAAUUCUGAACAAGGCUCUGGGGGGGGGGGGGCUCAACGAGGGUGGGAACAACAAAGAUGGAAGCAAUAA